AACAUGUAGCAUGUCACUAUAAUUAAGUGACCUUGCAUAUUAGGGCCUUUAGAGAAAAUAAUAGGGAAAGACAGCGAGCAUUAAAGUGAAACAGCAGCCUCCAUUAAAGAUUGUUCUUCCUGAAGAUGACACGCUCAUUAUGUCAGUUAUUCAGAAAUUACCUGGCCAAGCGUCAGAUUAAGAAAAAUCGCAUCGUAACCAAAGAUGGACACUGCAACAUUGAAUUUGGCAAUGUGAGACACAGCAGCCGUUUGGCCUUCGUGCUAGAUCUCUGGACCACCUUGGUGGAGAUCCGAUGGCGCUUUGUCCUUUUAUUCUUUGUGGCUUCCUUCACUCUCAGCUGGUUCAUCUUUGGACUCAUCUGGUACUGGAUUGCACGUGAUAAUGGUGAUAUGUGGUGGCAAGUCCAACCCCCAAACCACAAGCCAUGCAUAUAUAAUGUUUUUGGUCUCACAAGUGCCUUCCUCUACUCACUCGAGACACAGAUGACUAUUGGUUAUGGUCUGCGGGUUCUCAGCCCUUUUUGUCCUGGAGCUGUCGCCCUCAUUAUUAUCCAGUCUGUUAUUGGUUUAAUAAUUAACUGCUUUUGGUGUGGACUCUUUAUGGCCAAACUCACUCUGCCCAAGAGAAGAGCCAAGACCAUCACCUUUAGCAAAAUUGCUGUCAUCUGCCCUAAAAAUGGUAACCUGUGCCUGCAAAUACGAGUGGCCAACCUACGCAAAACCUUGAUGAUCGGGAGCCAGCUCUACGGCAAGCUGCUUAGGACGACCGUCACACCUGAAGGUGAGACCGUCAUCCUGGACCAAGUCAACGUUGAUUUCAUGGUGGAUGCUGGGAAAGACAACCUCUUCUUUAUCUGCCCUUUAACUCUGUACCAUGUUAUUGACAAGACAAGUCCAUUCUUUAAAUUGGCUGUAGACACCCUCCAGCAGCAGGACUUUGAGUUGGUGGUGUUCCUGGAUGGCACUGAUGAGUCCACCAGUUCCGCUUGCCAGGUCAGAACGUCUUACAUCCCUCUGGAGAUCAAGUGGGGCUACAAGUUUCUUCCCAUCAUCUCCCGCACUAAGGAAGGCAAAUACCGCGUGGAUUUCUCCAACUUCGGCAGAGUGGAAUCUGUCCCAGCUGCUCACUGUGCCCUCUGCUUCUACAAUGGCCAAAGCAAUCAUCACCACCCCAAAGAUGGCUUUGAUAACCAGGGUUUUGAAAUGAUGGAUGUUAACAACCAAGCCAGUGCUACAGUAAUGUGAAGUCUAGCUCUGGACUUGUCAUGUGAUGUGCUCUACAUAACAGUGGAGCUUUACUGUCCAAUUCAGUUUAAUUUAAAAGGUUUUGACAGGCAUGUACCAUAUAAUUUCUGCCACAAAAGGGAUCCAAAACAGAUAAACAUAGUUUCCUCAUGGUAUCAUCAAAAUAAUAGUAAAGUUCAGGAUGAAAGACUAACAACGAAAUAACAAUACGUCUAUUUUA